AUUGAUAGCCAUUUUGAAGAACCUUUUGUUGGUGUUUUGUGAAUGUUUUCAUGUUAAUUAAAAAAAAUCUAUAUUUUUGAAAACAUAAUACAAUGUAAUAAAUUAUUAUUAGAAAAUAAAAUAAAUAAAUAAUCAAAUGUACAGACAGACUUGUUGUUAUUAAGUGCAAUUGUGAUAAGAAAACCGGAAGAAGUUGCCGUACAAUAAAUAAUAGUCCUGUAAAAGUUGUUAUUAAGUUAUUGUUAUCACCGUGAAAAGUUUUCAUUUUCGUAGUUGUUGUCAUAAACACAUUAUUUUAAUUGUUGGAAAUUGUCAUAAGACAGUCGAUCGCAUGUUUUUUUCUGCACACAAUUUGGAUUGUCACAAGAUGGCGGCCAUUGGAUGCUCGCUCUGCCAAAACCCGCUACGAAGCGAUGUGUCAUCGACGACGGGCUUCCGAAACAUGCUGUAAACCGGCGUCUCGCACCUCGAGCGAUACCUCCUGUCGCACUACGCGGGGUUCCAUUAUAUAAAAUGGAAUUUCGCUCGAGGCGCGAAAAUGCAAUGGGUGUUGACAUAAGUUCAAUACCGAACCGUUACACAGAAGACUGUCCAUAGCUAAAUAAUCGAAGAAAAUGUGUGAUCCAGACGAAGUUGGGAAAGAAGUGUGGAAGCGAUGGAUCUUGGAAGCGAUUCACAAGAUUCGUUCGCAGAAACAGAGGCCGAGCGUGGAGAGAAUCUGUCAUGCCAUCAGACAGCAUCACAACUAUCACGAAGAUAUAGUGUCCGAGCGGCUAGAACGCGCCGUUCGAGAAGGUGUAGUGCUCAAAGUGUACAACAAGGGCCAAAGCUCAUACAAAGACCCUGGGGGCAUGCAGAACAGAACUUUGCGCUUGGCGCCAAACGUGGACAUCUCUCGGCCCGUAGCCAAGAUAGUGCGCGAAUUAGGAGAAAGAGACGGUUCUACUUUGAAAUCGAUAGAAAGACAUUUAUAUCAAGCGUAUCAAAUAAUAGUGUCACCCGAUGUGGACGUGAAAGCGAUACUUCGUGCGGCAGUGAAACGCGCUGUAGCCCGCGGGCUACUGUCGCAUCACGCGGGUGCGUAUGUGGUAGCUGACAGCUCUAACAACACAUCUUCUGAUAGAUCAUCCAAACAGAAAAAACAUUCUCAAGAUUCAUCUGAAGAGAAACAAGUUCAAGGCGGAGUACCGGUUUGUAGCGAGUGUCUGGGAACUGAUACUAAGAAUCAAUCUGGAAUUGCUGAAUCACUCAUAUGCUGUACACAGUGCAAGUCCUAUGCACAUCCUUCAUGUCUAGAUCUUUUAGAUCACGUAACUCAAACCACUGUGAAGACCUCACGAUGGUCAUGUGGGGAAUGUGCAACGUGCCUGGUAUGCGGGGCGGGGGGCGCGUGGGCGGCGCGCUGUGCUGUCCGCUGCGGCCGCCACGCACACCCGCGCUGUGCCGCCCCGCCCUGGCGCUGCCCCACCUGCACGCUGCCCAGGACCCCCGCUGCCGACGCCGCAGCCGCGAGGCCUCGGAAACCUAAGACGCCGCGCCGGCCCCGCUCUGACGAGGAACGCUCCGACGGUAAUGUCCCGCCUCCGACCGAGCAUCGAAUGUCCAAAGAAAAACAAAAAUUUUUUCGAUUUUCCGCUUUCAACAUGACAAAAAGGCGACGCGAUCGCGUCUCCUCCGGGUCGUGGGAGGGAUGGGAGGAUCGAGGACGAUGGGGCGGCGUAAGCGUGACGCGCGUGCAGAGCGUCGAACUGAGACUCGAACGACACACCCCGACCCCCUCGUCCUCCACCUCUCGCUCCACCUCGACCUCCGAGUCCGAGCCCGAGUCGGCGCCGCCGUCGUCCGGCCGCGAGGAGGAGCCGCGCGUUCCGCCCGUCACUACGGUCACGCCGGCGCAAGUUUCCACCGUGUUCGAACAGCUCGCCUCUGCCACCGGCCCGGACGGCACGUGGGGUUUCGCCGCAGAGGCGCGCAAGCUCGCGGAGGCAGAGCCCGAGCGGACGCCGCGGCCGGCGCGUCGGCGCAGUCGGUGCGCGGACCGGUUACUCACGACGCUCUUCGACGGUCUCUCCGAGUUCUACUCUGUGCGGAGUGCUUCGCGCGUGCGGGCGCGGAGCGUGGUGCCCGACGCGGCGGACGAGUGCGAGGAGCGCGAAGAGAAGGUGGAGGAGGAGGUGCUGAAGGAGACGCGCAGCACGUUCCGGCGGCACCUGGCGGCGCUGCGCGCGGGGCGGGCGCGGCAGGGCGCCAGCGCGUCGCAGCUGGUGGCGUGGGCGGCGCGGUGCGGCGGGCGCACGGGCGGGUCGCGCAAGUUGCAGCGCGCGCUGGCGGCGGGGCGGCGGCGGCGGGCCGGUCCGGACGAAUGCAGUCGGCUGCCGGCCGGAGUGACGGAGGCGGACGCGGAGGUGUUCCGAGCGGCGCGGGCGGCCGCCGGACUGCCGGAGGACGCGACCCCGCCGCCCCCCGCGCCCGCGCCCCUCACACCCUCCCUCGCCCCGCCCGCCCCCACCGUCCGCUGCCCCUCCGCCAUCGAGUUCGGACAGUGGGAGAUCGAGACCUGGUACUCGAGCCCGUUCCCGCAAGAGUACGCCAGGUUACCGAAAUUAUUCCUGUGCGAGUUCUGUUUGAAAUACGCGAAGAGUCGCGGCGUCCUGGCGCGGCACGUGGACAAGUGUCCGUGGCGCCACCCCCCCGCCACCGAGAUCUAUCGGCGGGACGACCUCUCCGUGUUCGAGGUGGACGGCAACGCGAACAAGCUCUAUUGCCAAAACCUGUGCCUGCUUGCCAAGCUCUUUCUCGACCACAAGACUCUCUACUACGACGUGGAGCCUUUUUUGUUCUAUGUGCUGACUAAAAAUGAUGCGAAAGGCUGUCAUUUAGUCGGCUACUUCUCCAAAGAGAAACACUGUCAACAGAAGUACAACGUUUCGUGUAUCAUGACCAUGCCGCAGUACCAGCGACAGGGCUACGGAAGGUUCCUGAUACAUUUCAGUUAUUUACUGUCGAAAGAAGAAGGCCAGCCGGGCACACCAGAGAAGCCUCUGUCGGAUCUCGGGCGCGUGUCGUAUCACGCCUAUUGGAAGUCCGUCAUCCUCGAAUACUUGCACGACCAUCGGAACGAACCGUUCACGUUCGAGCACAUCGCGCACGCAACCGGCAUGCACAUGAACGACAUCGGCGGCACCUUCCAGCUGCUCGGCUUCCUGCGCUACCUGCCGGGGGACGAGGCCCGGCUGGGUCUGUGCGUGGACUGGGCCCGCGUGGACGCGCACGCCGCGCGCCUGCGAGCCAGGCCGCGCCUCGAGAUCGACCCCGAGUGUCUGCGCUGGACGCCGCUGGUGCCGGCCGCCGUCAACCCCUUCCGCUCGCCCGACGACACCGCGCCCGACUCGCGCUCCGACCCCGAGCCGCCCACCGACGCGGAGGACGAGCCGGCGCACGAGGAAGCCGCGCCGCCCUCCGCCCUCCCGGAACCCGCGCCCGCUGUCGAGGUCACGUCCUCGGGCCGCCGCCGCACCCGACCUCUCAAGUACAGCGAAUGUACUUACCAGACCGCACCCACUCCCGCCGAAGUCUGUCGAAAGAGAAAACGUGAUAAUGAGAGGAAAAUUUCGGAGACCGUCGAAGAUUCGGUCGGCAGCGAAACGCCAAGGAGUCACAGGAGCAGGAGUGUCAUGGGAUCCAAACCGCCCCAGCCCGACAUCGCACCGCUUGAAAACGGCAUCGCUAACUCCAAGGAGGUCGUCUCCGCGUCGGACAGCCAGGACCCACCGCCGACCACGGUACGUAAGAUCCGACCUAAAAGGAAAUUCAGAUGGAAAGGUCGGCCUAGAAAACGGGUCAAAAGCGGCCGGAGCGAGCCAGAACCGGACCCGGCGCCGGCCGCGAAGAAGCCUCGUGUGGAUCCUCAACUGGAGCAGCGAACCGAUUACAAGACUGACGAGUCGACCGAACCAGAAGGCACGAACGUAGCGGCCGGCGAGGCGGGACCUCCGGCGCGACGCCCCGAUGACGACAAGCGAGACUCCGGCGCCGCCUCUGAAGACUCCUCCGCCGAAGCAGAUGAUGAAAUGGAGGCCGAGGAGAGAGACGAGGCUGCUCCCGUGCCUCCCGUCUCACCCCGCGCCCUCGAGGGCGAUGCCACCGACCACCACACUUCCGACAUGGAGUUGGACAGUAUACAUAUGGAUUCUCCGAAAUCUCUGGCGGACGAGACACCUCCCGAUCCUCCUGUACCUCAGCAGCCGUCUCCCGUUCCGGCGGCAGAAAUCAGUCCGGCCGGCACUGCGGGGCCGGACACUCCACGCUUGCUUAACGGAGAAGUCAAAUCACCUCUACCAGUCUCCGAAGAUAAGGAAACGAUAAUCAUUUCAGAAUCUGAUGACAACAAUAGUCAAAGCUGUCCGUUACCGUCCCCGCACGCCCCGCCGCCCGCGCCCCCGCCCCCUCGCCUCCUGUCGCCCCCCGCGCCCGGCAGCCCCCCCGCCUGCCCCCCGGCCGUCUUGCCCCUCGUCACAACAGAGAACGCGCACAUCGUGCUGGAUGCAAAGGCUGCCCCCGCAACUCCGCCUCCCGGUCCCGUCACUCCCCUCGAGACCAUCGUGGUGGAAGCCGAAUCAGAUUGCGCCGCCUCCCCGGCCUCGGCGGCGCUGGUCGAAGUCCGCGAUAGACGAAAAGAGACCGUCAUACAACAUCAGAACUGUGAGGAGGUGAAACAUUCAAAUGAACCUUCGAACAAGAAUGAAAGCACAAGUCAAGCAUCUGAACAAAAUCGAGACGCUUACGGCCAGCCCGCCUGCGACCGGAGACCAGAACAUCCUAAGGUCGACGCGUACGCCGACGUAGAGCGCAUCAAGAACAAGUUGACGAGUCCGGCGGGAGGCGCGAAGGACGCGGAGCUACCGUUCCGGGACGACGCGUCGCACGCCAGGAAGGACGAAAUAACAGUGACGCGAACCGGCUCGGAGUCUACUCCGCCCGUCUACCACGCGCCCGUCGUCACCAACUCCAUGACCAUCCAGCAGAUCAACGCCGCCCAGCACACGUUCCUCAACCACCGCGCCAACGUCAGCAAAGAGUCCCAAGGAGUGCAGACAGACCGCGUCCUGAAAUCCAACGAAGCCAACCGCGGCGCCUCCAAAGGCACCAAACUGGAGGUGCCGCACCCCAUCACCUCGCCCGUCGUCAACAGCGACGCCGCGCAGUUCCUGCCGCGGUGCCACAGCGCCAACGCAGCCGUCGGGCUGGGGGCGGAGCCCGACCUCAAGCCGCGCGAGAAGAGCAAGCUGCGCGACGUGCGCGUCAACUCGGCGCACUGCAAGCUCGAGAAGGGCGACAAGCGGCCGGCGCGCGCCGACACGCCGCUGCGCAAGCCCGACCCGGCGCCCGACGCGCACAAGAAAGUUGAUUUUUUUAAAAAGGAGAAAGCUAGUGCAGCUAAAUGUGAGAAGAACGUCGCGAUCAAGCACGACCGCGCCGAGCAGGCCGAGCCGCGGGCCGCAUCCAAGAUAAAGUAUGACGCAGAACCGCCCAAACCGGACUACCAGAUCCCCAACUACCACGCCGCGCCCGCUCAGUACCAGUGGCCGCCGUGGGACCCGGCGCGGCUGCAGUCGUCUUGGGAUCAUAAAAACUACCUCGACAAGUUGCAGGGGUUCAACCUGCCGCAUCUGGAGCAGCCGCCGAAGUCUCCGCAGAAGUUGGCUGCCAAAUAUGACAAUCUCGCUUACGGAUUGUACGCCGCACCUCAGCCCAAAGAGAGCAAGCCGCCCACACGGAACAAGCAGCCCAAGGCGGCCGCGUGCCAAUCUCAGUCGGAUCAAAAGAAGACGAAGCAAGACUGCGGGGAGUACACCCAUGCGUUCGCCUCUUGCGACAAGACUGACGGCGAAAAGAAACGCACGAAAAAAGAAGAUGUAAAGGACGGGAAAGAAGACGUGGAGGCACUUCACUCGCUCGGAGUGUACACGCCGGACUCCAGCGGGAACUCCGUGCACUCCGUGCAGUACCCCACCUGCGAGCUGGAUGUGAGUCAGCUCGGCCUGGAGUCUCCCAACAGCAUCAGCUCGGACCUGGCGUCGCCCUGCUCCAUGCUGCACGUGCCGCCCAGUCCGCAGUACCCGCACUCGUCGCUGCACAUCCCCGCGAUAAUGUCGCAGCCCGCGCAACCGCUGCCGGCCAAGCACAAGAUGAACAACAGAAAUGCCAGCCGCGGCGGAGGCGAGGCGAGCAAGGCAGGAGCCCGCGCCGCGCACACGCCACCCGCGCCCCCCCGCGCCCGCGCCACCCCGCCCGCCACGCACGCCGCCAUGCAGCCCGCCGCCUCCGCCGCCUACCAGGGCGGCUACCUGUCCUUCCAGCAGCAGCAGCAGUACCACGCCGCGGGUUGGCCGCCCUCCUGCUCGCUCGCCAAGCUGCAGCAGAUGGCGGACGCGCCCCAGCACCAUCCGCACGCGCAUCCGCACCCCCACCAGUACGCACAGCAGGCGGGCACGCCGCCGGGCUCGGUGGGCGGCGUGGGCGGCGUGGGCGGAGUGGCAGGCGUGGGCGGAGUGGGCGGUGUAGGCGCGCAGUACCACGCUAAGUACUACGCGCCGCACCACAACCAGCUCGACUCGCCGCGGAAUGCUCGUACCGCGCCAAGUAACCUGAGCCCCAUGCAGCACAUGCAGAUGGGCGCCGGGUCCCGCGUGUCGCCGCACCUCAUCAGCCAGUACGGGCUGAACGGGUACCGCGUGCCGCCGGGCGCCGCCGCCGCCGCCCAGCAGCAGUUCAACAACCUGCCGGGCGCCGUGUCGCAGCAGGCCGUCUCGCAGCAGCACAACGUGUACUACUCGCCUUACAUCAACCCGCCGCCGCCGCUGGCCGCGCUCAACUCGGCGCGUCGGUAGCGCGCACACAAACACGAUCUGUACAUAUUAACCUAAGAUAUUACCAACUGUUAUUACACAAAAUAUAAUUUUGUGAAAAAAUA